AUGGACAACCACGAGAGACUACGACGAGCCGGGCCCCUAGAGGAAUUCUUCCUCGCGCGUGCUCUGACCAAGAACACCAACGUGGCGAUAUCGGCAACCUAUAUUCUCCCAAAUACUUUCACCCUGGCCAUCCAAGAAUAUGUAUAUAAAGCACUUGAAACAUUGAUCAGCCAAAAUGCUGCCCUAUCAGCAAUCCCGGUCAGAGAAGACAACGAUACCUGGUUUUUCCGGCUCCCAGAAAUCGACCUCAGCCAGACUGUAUCCUUCCAAAAGCGUACCCGCGACUAUCCUGUUGAAGAGAAGCCAGACACCGAACUGUGCGAACUACUGCAGGUCCAUCAGAAAGCCGAAUUCGUAGCGCCCCUGCCAUUUUGGAGAAUGAUCAUCUUAACAGAGCCGAAUGACCAGCGCUUCACAGCGAUAUAUAUAUUCCACCAUGCAAUUGCAGAUGGCAUAUCAGGAAAGGCCUUCCAUGAGACAUUUCUCAUAGCAUUACAUGAUGCUGCUACUUCUUUGACCUCGGGAGAGGCUACAAGACAGGUGAUCCCAUCACCUAAGCUCCCUCUGCUCCCAAACCUGGAAGCGGUCCACCCGUGCUCUAUAAGCUAUACUUUCCUCCUUAAGCAAUUUUUCCGGAACAAAAUAUGUCCCUAUCGUGAUCCGGGUCUUUGGACAGGUCCAAAGUCAUUUACACCGUUCGACACUGAAAUCCGCCAGAUUGUUGUCCCCGAACCAGUAUCUACAGCACUAAGACAGCGAUGUCGUCAGAACCAGGCUACUAUAACCUCGGUCAUACAUACAGCCGCUGCGCGCAGUCUCCUUGCGCAUUUGCCAGAGGAGUACACCAAACUAGAAGCAAUCAGCGCCAUGUCGUCUCGUCGCUGGCUGAAGGAAGAAGAAGGGAUCACAGAUCAAUCCAUGGGUGUCUGA